CACUAGUGAAAAGUUUUCGCAAAAAACGAGAUUCAAGUUAUCGUGAGGUACAAACCGAAAAAACUUUUUGCAUAAGUCACCAUGACGGUGGUCAACGAAUGGAUGGCAGGCACGAGGUUCGGCGGCUGGGUCCAAAGAUGCCGGGAGUCGCGCCGCCUCGUUCUGGUCAUCGUCGCCAUAGCGCUGCUCCUGGACAACAUGCUACUCACCACUGUCGUGCCGAUCAUCCCGGAGUUUUUGUACGACAUCAAUCAUCCGGAUGCACCCCUGGACGGACACGUUAGGGGAACCACCACCACCACCACGCCGCCGCCGCCGGUUCCCAUCUCUUGCCAACAGAUGAACCAGAACAUCAACUAUUCUAACACCGCGGCACCUACGGAAAUAUAUAAUUUCACGACCUUGGACCCAGAAGCUGUACAACAAGAACUGCGCCACAAGGAUCUGGUACAGGAAACUGUGGAGGUGGGCAUGAUGUUUGCCUCGAAGGCAUUUGUGCAGUUGUUGGCCAACCCAUUCGUAGGUCCUCUAACUCACAAAAUUGGCUACAGCGUACCCAUGUUUGCAGGAUUCAUCAUUAUGUUUCUCUCUACUAUAAUAUUCGCCUUUGGCCGCAGCUACAGCGUGCUGUUCAUAGCAAGGGCCUUGCAAGGAAUUGGCUCGUCCUGCUCCAGCGUGUCAGGUAUGGGGAUGUUGGCUGAACGUUAUCCCGACGACAAAGAGCGCGGCAACGCCAUGGGCAUCGCCCUUGGAGGUCUGGCCCUCGGUGUCCUCAUCGGACCACCAUUCGGUGGGCUUAUGUACGAGUUUGUAGGGAAAUCGGCGCCCUUCCUCGUACUUUCGGCCCUAGCCCUGGGAGACGGACUGCUUCAACUUCUUAUGCUCCAACCAGCAGUCGUCAGGCAGGACUCUGAUCCACCAUCUUUGAAGGCGUUGGUCUCAGAUCCUUAUAUCAUCAUAGCAGCAGGUGCCAUCACGUUCGCGAAUAUGGGCAUUGCGAUGCUGGAGCCAUCGCUACCGAUCUGGAUGAUAGACACAAUGGGGGCAGACAAGUGGAAGCAAGGGGUGACUUUCUUACCGGCCAGCAUCUCCUACUUAAUUGGUACGAACCUGUUCGGUCCAUUAGGGCACAAAAUGGGACGAUGGCUGGCCGCCUUGCUGGGGCUCAUCGUAAUUGGAGUUUGCCUGAUGCUAAUACCUCUGGCGACGAGCAUGAAUCACCUGAUCAUACCCAACGCCGGCCUGGGCUUCGCCAUCGGCAUGGUGGAUAGCUCCAUGAUGCCGGAACUGGGCUACCUGGUGGACAUCCGACACUCGGCCGUCUACGGCAGCGUCUACGCUAUCGGAGACGUGGCGUUCUGCCUUGGCUUCGCUAUAGGACCUGCAAUGAGCGGAACUCUUGUAAAAACAAUUGGAUUCGAAUGGAUGCUGUUUGGAAUCGCUAUAUUGAAUUUCCUAUACGCUCCACUACUAUAUUGUUUAAAGAGUCCCCCAACAAAAGAAGAAAAAAAGUCGCUUAUAACCGGAGAAAAGUCAUCAGUACGAUAUGUGACGUACCAGAAUGAAGAGGACGACGAAUAAAUACCGACGAAACAGACGUAAUAAGGAGAUUGUAAAGUAUGUAUAGUUAAAAUAUUUUCAUAUGUGAUCCGGAGCGGAACAUAUAUUAAUUGUACAAAUUGCAAACUCGCUCUGGGAGCGCAUAUACCCGAACUGGACCGUUCUUCUCACCUCUCUUUUCUUCCGUUCAACCUUGGUUGCUGAUGUACUUCAGUUGUUAUGUUUCAAUGAAAAAAAAAAACACCUCGGACGUGACGAAUUACCGAUGGGAGUCGCAAGCGCGAAAUUCAAAAUUAAAUUGGAAGGGUCCUCGUCAGGAUUACCGUGAAUGGCUGCACGUAAUCCUUCCCCAAGGGAGCGAGGCAAUAAGGAGCCCUUCGUCUUUCGGAGAACUUUUCGGACGUUUCCUUGUAUGAACAGAGAUGGCGCUCUCAUCCCAAAGCCCGAUAAAUGAUUGCCAUGCAUCGUAUAAUAUAUAAUCCUCAAUGUCUGUCUGUAUAUCUUUAGGAAGUUAGUGUUAACCCGUAGUGGAAUUAUCAUUCUAAGAGAAUUGCUGAGCCAAUCAAACCAUUUGGACAAGCUGGUGUGCUAGAAAAGCAGUAAGGGGACCUUAAUUGUUGCUUUACCUCUAUAGCCGAUUAAUCGUAACCUUUGAGCUAAUCGUUGUGUUUAUAUAUUGAAGAGACCGCACAGUACGUUUUUCCUUCUGGAGUUGCACGACUCAGAACGAUUAUUGUGAGAAGACAAUAAUCACCACGUCCCAUCCUGACUAAAAUUUAUUUUGGUAAAAAAGCUGGUAAGGGUCCGAACUACAAGGGCAAUACAGCAGCAGCGUAUUGCCGAUAUCAGUAUUACGUUAAACAAUAGGGCCAACAAUAGGUACCUGUUUAGAGUAGGUUUAAUGCAUGUUAGCUAUUUUAUUAUAAUAGGAGUCAACUUAACGGCACUCGUCAUGUAGAGUGCGCCCUAAGUGGUAUUUGGUGUUUGAUGUUGAUGUCUAAUUUGUGGUGC